AUGUAGGAAGCGCCAGAGCACGUUGUGGCAAAAAACUGAAACAACACGACUAAUUCGCGAAGUUUACACCCGUCGUUUUGCGGUUAGUGUCCAUUUUUCGGUGUUUUCUGAACACUAAUCACCAUAAAACAUUCAAUAGCUGCUACGAUUCCCAACAACACAAAAACAUCUAAACAUUACAGAUCUCAACAUAAUUGCAACCAGCCUUUGUACACUCGGUUAAUUGCGUAUUAUAUCGCAAUUGGCUCUUAAAUUCUGAUAUUCUGUGCUUACAAAAGCAGGAAUGGUCAUGGAAGCUCCCCCAUCACCCCAAAGCGUUGGACGUGAAUUUGUAAGACAAUACUACACUCUGCUGAAUAGGGCACCGACACAUUUACAUAGAUUUUAUAACAACCAGUCCUCAUUUGUCCAUGGCGGUCUCGACCCUCCAAACCGAGAGACGAGUCCGAUGGUUGGACAAAAACAAAUUCACCAGAAAAUCCAACAGCUUAAUUUUCGCGAUUGCCACGCAAAAAUCACGCAGGUGGAUGCUCAGGCCACACUAGGAAAUGGAGUUGUGGUCCAGGUGACGGGAGAGCUCUCCAACGCCGGACAGCCAAUGAGGAGGUUCACUCAGACCUUCGUCUUGGCCGCGCAAAGCCCUAAAAAAUACUAUGUGCACAAUGACAUUUUCCGUUACCAGGACGAGAUCGUUUCAGACGACGAAUGUGAACCAGAAAAUCGUUCGGAAAACGAGGACGAUUUAAACCAAGACAGACAAGUGGGAAUGGGAGAUGUAGCCCAAAUUUCCCCCCAACCAAUCCCUACCUAUUACAGUCCCAAUACUCCCCUGCAAUCUAAUAUCCCCCCAGUGCCCCAACACCACGCCCAGCCGCCACCAGUUAUCUCCCCACAACCACCUAUUCCCGCCGUCAACGGGGUGGUACACCCCGAUGAUCUUCCCGUUAUUUCUGGGCAAGUGCCUCAGCCUCAUAUUCCAUCGUCGGGACAAACCCAAGGUCUUGGGACUCCGAUGGGAGCACUGCAGGCAACAGGUAUGAUAGGAAAUGCCACUGCACCUCCAAUGCCAGUCGCACCUGUUGAUGAGCCCCAACAACCUUUACAACAGUUGUCUCAGCUGUCUGAAGAAGAAACUAUUACAAAUACAGCUGAACAACUUGGUACCACCGAUUUCAAUGAAUCGUCUGAAGUAACUGUUGAAGAAUCACAAGAACCACCUUUAGAAUCAGCUGCUUCAAGUGAGCCUAAAACCUACGCCACCCUGUUAAAAUCGGGUGGUGGAGUCACAGGAUCUAACGUUACCCCGACUAGCAACUACAUCAACCCGCCUCCAAAGUCUCUUUCGCCUCCUCUUAUUCAGAACCGGUACGAGAGCCGGGAUUUCCAGUCUGGUUCAACCAAUUCGACAGGACCGCGAAAUAACGGCUCAGUUGGAAAUAACGGCAAUGGCACAGGAACCGCAACAAAUUAUCCUUUGGGUGGACAACAGGCGCAACGAGGACCACGCAGAAGCCAACAACAGGGAAUACCCAGACAAGACUCUCAAAGAACAGGAAGUGGCGGACAACCAGGACGAAAUAGUUUCAACGACGACAACUUUAACUUCGAAGAUCGCAGGAAAUCCCAAAAUUCACACAACGACAGCAACCAGCUGUUCUUGGGCAAUUUGCCCCACACUGCUAGAGAGGAAGAAAUACGCGAAAUUUUCGCCCAAUUUGGAACGAUAGUGGACUUACGGAUUCUGAGCAAACAAAGCAAACAACCGGGAAUUCCCGGCGCUCGUGCCCCGCCCAAUUACGGAUUUAUCACGUACGAGUCACAAGAGGCCGUGCAGAAUUGUUUGGCUGCCAAACCCCUGCACUACCCGCACAAUGAUAAAACCGGCGUUACACUGAACGUAGAAGAGAAAAAGGUGAAAGACAGACCAUCAUACGGGAGCGGCAACAGAAUAGGAAGCGGUGCAGACAAUAGUGGCAGCAUACAGCCACGACCACGAGACAACGGGAGUGGCGGCGGUAUACCGAGACGUGGUCCUGGAGGUAGCGGCGGCCCUGGAGGUCCACGACCCGGAAGCAGUGCUCCUGGUGGCGGUGGUCGCACCAACAGCUUUAACAGAGGACCGAGUGGAGGCGGUGGGGGACCGAACCGUGGUAGCGGAGGAUCUAUUAACAACACAUAUAACAGCCGUCGCUAGCCGCUCCAACACUAUCGCCAUCGUUAUUACUAUUAUUACUAUUACUACUAUUACUGCUACAAACAACAGCCGCCACCCUUUACGCCGUCGUCGUCAUCAUCGUUAUCGUCGUCUUCGUUGCCCUUGUAUUAUUCCCCCUACUUUGUCUCCCCAAUUCACGACCCGUCCUCCGUUGCGUCAAACCAUAAUUGUCACUUGUUAAACUGUUACCACAACGAACGCGUAUAAUGAUUGCAUUGCGUUGCGUUGUGGUACAGUUUUUUUUCUGUCGUUUCCAUCCAUUCGCAAAAACACAUUCACACAUUAACACACAGCCCUCACGCAGGCUAGAAUGGCCUACAGUAACGUAAACAAAUAAAUACAACACGAAAUACAUAAA